GUGGGGCGGCAGACGGCGAGGAGGAGAGCAAAGGGAAUGAGAAGAAGGUGGAGGAUGCCGUUGCUGAGAUCAUGGCGAUCAUUGAGUUAGUGAAGGAGGACCAGCGCAAAGACGUGAUGAUGGCAAUCAUGAAAAAGGCGAAGGGUGCUGGCAAAGGCAAAGCUUGA